AAUAAAUAUGAAACUUAUAAAACUUCACCAACAAGCUCCCAUGGCUUCCUCCCGAUUGGACCUCACCAUCUCCGUCCCCGGCUUCGAUUCGUUCCCGUCACUUCCUUCCUCUGUGAGAGAUUUGGACAUGAACCGAGCUCCGGAAGAAGAGGAAUGGAUGAUGGGAAGCAUGGAAGAGGAUGAAGAAAUUAGUAACAAUAAUAAUGGUGGAGGCCAUCCAAGGAAGAAGCUGCGUUUGACAAAGGAACAGUCUCAUCUUCUUGAACAAACCUUCAGACAAAACCAUACCUUAAACCCAAAACAGAAGGAAGCUCUGGCGGAAAUGUUGAAAUUGAAGCCACGGCAAGUUGAGGUUUGGUUUCAGAACCGACGGGCCAGGAGCAAGCUAAAGCAGACGGAGAUGGAGUGCGAGUAUCUAAAGAGAUGGUUCGGGUUAUUGACCGAGCAAAACAAAAGACUACAGAAGGAGGUCGAGGAGCUAAGGGCGAUGAAGGCGCCGCCGCCAACGGUGAUCUCACCGCACAGCUGCGAGCCGCUUCCGGCGUCGAACCUCACCAUGUGCCCUCGCUGCGAGCGCGUGACCACCACCGCCCUCGACAAGACCCGCAUUGUCGUCUAAGCUGGUCGGCCGCUGCACUUUCAUAUUCAUGCGGAAUUAUCAGCUCAUCUUAUCAACAACAAAAUGCCUCUCCUUCUCUAGUUUUGUCUUAAAUCUUUUCUUUCUUUCUUUUUUCUUUUCUUCUCUCCCUAAAUGGUGUUUUUAAUUUAGACACAC